GUUCCACCAUGACCAGACACAGCCUGCCUGGCGUUUUCUGGCCCUUCCUCGCAUGCUCUGCUGGCGUGGUUCGAGAUCCCUUGGUCGCUUACAUUGGUUCUUACCGCGAUGUAGCCGUGCUAACUUUCCAGAACGAGUAGUCUCCAAGAUCCUAGUCUCCGGUUGCUGCAUGGACAUGGGGUUCAGACUGCACAUACGCAGAAGAGUCAUGGACAUGGAUUCCGGACGGGUGCGGGAUACAUAAAGAGAUGGAUUCCCUAGCCUGAUCAUACGACUUCCCACAAUUUAACUAACUGUCCUCUGAUAUCAAUACCAAAGGUUCUGCAAGCCUGGACAAAAUAUCUGCAGAGAACUUUGGCACCAAGACAGCUAACAUUCCAAUACGACACUAUGCAGACUGUUCCCAUCAUAAGGGAGCCUACUCCCCGAACCGCCUCUUCGCCGACUCGGUCCCGGUCAAAGUCGCCUACUCAGAAAAGAUAUUCUCAUCUUCUCUAUCUAUCAGAGGCUGAGCGACAACUUUAUGUCUCCAAGAUGGAAAAGUCGUCGGCUUCAUCUCUUCGCUCUUCCAACUCCGUCCGAUCAAAUCGCACAGCCUCGUCUUCCGCGGGGUCACAAACCUCAACGUCGACCAGUGUUUUGUCGAAGCUCGGCAUGCAAGUGCCUCGUUACGUUGACGACCAUUAUCCUUUGAUCGCCACCAUCCACCUGGAGAACAUUCCUGCUUCCGUGCCAAAGGAUCACCCAGCCUUCUGGUGUGCCCGUCAAAUGGCCCAGAUCCACAACACCAUCAUCCGUGCCCUGAAUGCUUCAUGGAACCAGGCAGUGCUGGUCCAGCCUGACACACAGGAAGCCGCUGACUUCCUUCUCUUCAACCAAAUGCUCUUCAACACCUUGAACCACCAUCAUCAUGUCGAGGACGAUUAUAUGUUCCCGGCUAUUGAAAAGUUGCUGGGACAACCCGGUGCAAUGGAAGAGAACACCAAAGGCCACGACUCAUUUGCCGAGGGACUCACCAUCUUUCAAAAAUAUGUCUUCAUCACCAAGCCAGCCGAGUACAAUGGAGCCACACUUCGUCACAUCAUCGAGUCCUUUGCGCCCAAUCUUAUCCAGCAUCUGCACGAUGAGAUCCCUACCCUCGCAAAUCUUCAUACUUUGGAUGGCAAGGAGUUGAUAAAGAUCUGGAAGCACGCGGAGCAUAUGGCCACCAAGGACAACAGCCUGUACACCGACGCCCCCUGGACACUAGGGUGCCAGGAUAAAUCCUUCACUAUCGACGGAGAGAAGUGUGGCUUCCCCAACGUACCUUGGGUCAUCGAGGCUGUGAUCAGGAAUUGGCAUGCGAAGAAGUAUGCUGGUGCUUGGAAAUUCUGUCCCAGUGAUCUGUCCGGAAGACGGCGAUUGCUGCCCGUUGCAUGAGUAGCAAAAGCUUUUGUCUUUUCUUUUGUUUGACAUCAUGAUUUGACGACCAUCAUGGCUUUUUGGAGGAAAUUCCCCUCAUAUCUGUCUAGCGUUCAAGCACCUUCCUGUUUUUAGCAUGAGCCUCCCGAGAAAAACCUUGAGAAGGGAGAAUAACAUUUCGUAUUUUAAAAGUGUACCAUAUUCUAGUACCCAAUCUCCUCAUACCGAACCAUUACUC